AUGCCCACCACCUCCACUACUUUCCCUUCCUAUCAAAAGCGACGUGAUGCGGGCGAAAUAGUCGGCCUCACCUCCGACGCAGCCCGCAUCUUCUGGCGGCUCCGAGGACCGCUGUCAACCUGCGUCUUCGUCGUGGAGGAUCACCGCGAUAUGGGGUCGUCUCGCGAGCCCUACGCCCGCCAGGAGGGCUGGCACCCCGUCUCCCAGGCAUCGCUCACGGAGCCCAAAAUCGGGUCCAUCGCCGUCGCCGUCGAUGCCCUACGGCAGUGGCAAGACAACUGGCUCGAGCUGCACGAGAGACAUGCAGAUCCUGAUGAUGAUGAUUGCGUGUUUGGGGAGCUGGAUCCGGAGCUGUACGCUCAGUCGGAUGACGAGGACGAGGAAAGCGACCAAGAGGAAGACCGACGGGAGCUUCUGCGGUGCUGCGGUACAGACCGACCCGUCAAGGCGAACUCCCUGAUUUUCAAGCCUUCAGAUACAUCAAAGGGAUAUGUAACGGUUCAUGACUACAUCUCAGCAGUCCACCCGUGGCUGAUGGGUUUGCGAGAAGAGAUUAUUCAAGCGGACAACGUGUGGGGAGACAGAAAGCCAAAGGACUACGAGAGGCUGGUGGUCGAGUACAACAUUCCGCGAACCUUGAUGAUAAUGGACGAAGACAGGUUUCUUAGAGCAAACGGCUCGAAGCAGAGGCCUCCUGCACCGGUUACUACUUCAUCCGGCAUUGAUUGGGCUGCCGUGGCGCGGGAACCUUCUAACUAUAAGAGCAUGUACAUCCCCAACCUCAACACUAUGCCCAAGCACUUGCUCCCCAAGGAUUUGCAGUAG